AUGCUUGACAUUAACUUGCUUUUGGAAGAUCGUGGCGGUAAUCCCGAAGUUGUUAGGGAAUCUCAAAGAAGACGUGGUGAUCCCGUUGAAAUUGUCGAUGAGAUUAUCGCUGAAUACAAGGAUUGGACUACCAUUCAAUUCAAUAGCGACCAAAAGAAUAAGGAAAUGAACCGUCUUCAAAAGGAGAUUGGUCAAAAAUAUAAGGCUAAGGAAGAUCCGUCUGAUUUAGUCAAUCAGAAGAAUGCCCUUCAAAAGGAAAAGGAAGCACUUAUCGCUCAAGCUAAGGAAAAAGAAACAUCCUGGAAGAACAAGUUGAACCUCAUCGGUAACAUUGUUCACUCUUCAGUCCCCACUUCUAUGGAUGAGGACAAUAAUGAGGUUAUUCGUACCUACAAUCAUAAUAAUGAAGAACCCGUCAAGAGAACUGAUAUUAUGUCUCACCACGAAGUUCUUGCCCGUUUAGACGGUUAUGACCAAGACCGUGGCGCUAAGAUUGCUGGUCACCGUGCUUAUUUCUUGACUAAUGUUGGUGUAGAUUUGAACUUAGCUUUGAUCAAUUACGGUCUCAACUUCCUUGCUAGAUAUGGAUACAAGAAAUUGCAAACUCCUUUCUUCAUGAAUAAGGAUAUGAUGGCUAAGACUGCUCAAUUGUCACAAUUCGAUGAGGAACUCUAUAAGGUUACCGGUGAUGGUGAAGAUAAAUACCUUAUUGCCACUUCUGAACAACCUAUCUCUGCUUUCCAUUCUGGUGAAUGGUUCGAAAAGCCUGCCGAGCAAUUGCCCCUCAAAUAUGCCGGUUACUCUACCUGUUUCCGUAAGGAAGCUGGUGCCCACGGUAAGGAUACCUGGGGUAUCUUCCGUGUCCAUCAAUUUGAAAAAAUUGAGCAAUUUGUUUUGACCACUCCCGAAACCUCUUGGGAUAUGUUCAACGAAAUGAUCGAACAUUCUGAAGAAUUCUUUAAGAGUUUGGGCUUGUCUUAUCGUAUUGUCUCUAUCGUCUCUGGCGCUUUAAAUAAUGCUGCUGCCAAGAAGUACGAUCUGGAAGCCUGGUUCCCUUACCAAGGUGAAUUCAAGGAACUCGUUUCUUGUUCCAACUGUACUGAUUAUCAAUCUCGUAAUUUGGAAAUCCGUUGCGGUAUGAAGAAGAUGUCUGAUCGCGAAAAGAAAUAUGUCCACUGCCUCAACUCCACACUCUGCGCUACUGAAAGAGCUAUUUGUGCCUUACUAGAGACCUGGCAACGUGAGGAUGGUUUGGAAGUUCCUCCACCUUUGGUCCCUUAUAUGGAUGGUAAGACUUUUAUCCCUUACACCAAGCCUAAGCCAGCCCCCAAGAAAUAA